UCCAAUAAGCUAUUAAUAUUAAGAUCGGAUUUUGGUCAAUAUCUUGACAUCAGAGGCGAAUAGAAAAAAAUCGAGAACGUCACUGAAUUCUGCUUAAAACUGCUUCAAGAAAGACAUCACGGAAAUCAAUUAUUUUCAUAAAUAGAAAGGUUAUGUAGAUUUCACAGUAUUGCUCAAAAUCGAGAAUCGUCCUCUAGCGGCUGAGUGGUUGAAGACAUUAAAAUGCGUUUUGCACGAAUCAAGAUUUCAUGAAAUUGGAGCCUCAGAGUAGGGGGUCCAUUUUUUUUCUAUCUCUAAAACUAAAGGAUGUUUCCAUAAGAAAGUGUCGAAUUUGGACCAUCCUGUACAUACACUUGGCUAUGAAGAUUUUCUAAGCGAAUGCUUGGUGAGCGCUUAUAAAUAAUCAGGGUCUUUGCAAAAAGCAAAUGUUAUUAUGACUCUUCUGUGUGCAAGAGAAAAAUAGACCUUAGAUUCCUUAGAAUAUGCUAAUAAGUAAAAUGUUAAAUAUAGGUUGGGAGAAAUGGUUUUCGGUCUGAGGCGAAGGGGGAGGUACAAACGAUAUGGAAAUACAGAAUUGCAAAUUGCAACUAAAUAAUAUUAAUAAUAAUAAAUUGGUUUAAUUCAAAUAAAUACAAUAUAAAUACAAUUUUCAAUAGUUACAUUUGCUGAAAUAAACAUUAAGUGCAGAAGCUUCAUUUCUGUUGCUUGUUAGCGCUGUUAUUUUAUUUAUUUUUUGUCACAUCCUGGUAAUCACAUCCUUGCAAUGGAAUAGAGUGAUAAAUUUAAGGCCAUAUUUUCCGCGGUUCAAUUUUCACUGAACGCUCUUCAUCCAAUUUGCCAUAAAUAAAGUAUCCACCUCUAUAUAGUUAUCCGCUAGCAAAAAGCCAAUUAGAAGAAUAGUGUUUAGCUGUAGUUUGAUGUCAUUGACUGGGACCACAGAUUAUUGUCUCAAUGUUGACAUGUGAUUCUUUGAUUGACAUAUUGUUCGUCUAAUAAAAUGUCUAAAAAAACUCAUAAAACCAAAAAAUACAGCAAAUCAUAUGGAACAUCAUCACAGGACACUGAUUUUGAAACAGCAACAGGAACUCAAGAUUCAGAAAGACACAUAACAGAAGGACGGACCAUAGUGAUAAAACUAAACUCUUUAAGAAAUAUUGUACCAUUAUAUCGAAUCUCAGACGUGAAAGUACAGCUUAAAUACUUGGACAAACAUUUGGGAGAAACUCGUCCAAUGCCAGUUGUGGACAAUGAAUUGCCACUUAACGAUAGCUUCGAAUUGUUAAUCGACCUAGAAUCAACCAAACAACUGGAUUUGUUAGCAUCAAAUCCAGUUUUCAUUACCGUGCUGCAGUUAACUGGAACUCAAGAUCCAUCUAAGUAUGAGUACUUACAAAUAUCGGCACAAGGCGCCAAAGCUACUUCUGCUGAAAUUGAUAGUUUAUUUCGUCUGUAUGAAGCAUUUAAUGGAGAAAGACCUCCAGUGCAAUUAUGCGAGUUGAAAAAGAGAAAGAAAGCAGGUAAAAGAGAUAGAACCGAAAACGGCAACCGUCAAGAAAGAUCAAAAUCACGAUCUAAAUCCAUCACAAGUAGGGACUCAAAGUCAUCAAAAAAAUCCAAAACUAAAACGAAAUCAGAAAGUAAAAGCAGAAGUGAAUUAUUAGAAGUACAAACAGAAAUUUACGGAAUGUGCGUUAUUGAUUUAAUCCCACUAUUCUAUGGAGAAACUUCAUUUUCCGAAACUUUACUCAUUCAACCAGUCAAACAAUCCUGCCAAAUCUUAAGUACUCACAAAAAUUUCCCAGAAAUUUCUAUUACAGUGGCCAUAAAAGAUAAUGCCAAAUUUAUCAAUAUAUUAAACGUUCUAAAUUUAACAGUAGAAUCCAUUUGUAAUGUCCCUUCUAUGAUGCUCGCGGAGAUGGAUUGUACAGUUUGUGCAAUGUUACCUCUUUUCAAUUCAAAUGCUUCGCCUACAAUAUUCCAAAAUCCCAAAAUAACUACUACAGAACCGGCCAGUGACCUAGAGCCAAAACGUUGGCCUGGUUUACAUGAUAUUGGCCAUAAUGCAAAUACAACAAAAUAUUUCAUUGAGCAUAACUUUGAAGAAAUUACCAAUAGGUUUAAUUUAAACAUUAGAGGAGCUUUUAAAGAAGGCGCUGCAAGAAUUGAGUAUAAUUACCUAAAAAGAAAUAUUUUAUAUGAGCAUGGCAACAGUAACUUUGCAGCACAUGUUCAAUCAUACAGAAAACUAGCACUGGAAAUUUAUUUGACACAGAAAACUAAGAAACACAAAUCUUUUGAUAGGCCAUCAGAUGACUUUGAUGAAUUCGCUCCGGGACGCUCCCGUAAAAGCAUUAAAAUACCUGCCCGCAUACAUUUAAUGGCUAUAUUAGAUCUAGUAGAUUUGCUAUAUCCAGGAGUUACUAAGCUUCAUAUAGUCGCUCCUGUAACUUAUUUUCACUACGAAGAAGCUGCCAAAGCUGGAUUAAAUGAUUCUUAUUUUUUACCAAAACCAAUAGGUAAUGUGGUAACUACCAAAAGUUCAAAAACGAAACUGGAAGGUAAUAAAAAAAAUAAAAAAAAUGCAGAGAAAAAAGAUAAAAACGUUAUUGAUAGAAAAGAUAAAUUAUCUGUAACAAAAGAUGAUAAAGAUUUAGCAAUCCUGCUUCCGGCUAAACCUGACGAACCGUUGCCACCAGAACCAUGCAGACAAGUUCAUAAUGACAAUGGAGAGGCAUGUUUUAUAAUAAUUGAAUUAGAGCUUUUAAAUCCACUGAAUAAAAAAUUAGACAUCGAAGAAAUAGAAACAGAUUUCCACACUCUACAGUUAGAGGCUUCACAAUCUUCAAAAACUAUCUUAAACCAAGCGGUAGCUGAUGAACAUUAUAAUCGAACAAUAAAAGAAAUUAAAGAUGAUAUUUAUAAACAUUGGCAAGAAUAUAAUAACGUUAUAACCUCAAUUCCAAUGCCGAACCCCAAAAUACAGUUUCCAAAUUAUUUGAAAAAACUUGGUGCUUAUCAACUUUAUGGAAAUUCUAUUAUUACUUCGGCAACCUUAUUAAUUACCAACAAUUAUAAAUGCUUUGAAUGCGAUUUUCGAAACAACAGAAACUAUCAAAAUUUAAUAUCAGAAGUCUAUACAGGAUUAACAGAUAAAAUGUAUGGUAUUUUAAAUGUCAGUAAUGAUAAGAAAGCUAAGGAAGAAAAAUAUUCGACUGCAUGGAAUAUAUCGAGUUAUUUUUAUGCCAAGGAAGCUGCAGAAUUGAAAUUAGAUGAAUUAGGGAAAAGAUAUUUUGUAGAAAGAAUUAUAGUUAAUGAUAAUCCUGAAGAAACUUCACAAUCUUGGUUUGAUUUUGCCAUAUAUAACAUAGAAAUUGAUAAUGUUGACAAGGCGUUUGAAUGCGUUAAAGAAGCUACAGCUUUAAAUUCUAAUAACAAACAUGCUUUAUUAUUGUUGGCGAUUUUAUUAGCUGAUAAAGACAUAAUACAAGAUGCGGAAAUUUGUUUUUUAAAUCUAUUAGACCUACAAUCUGGAUGGGUAGAGGGUUGGUGCAUCUUAUACUUAUUUUACCAGAAAUGCUCUAGACUGGAUGGUAUGGAAAUGGUAUUGGAUAUUGUUAAGAAAUUUGCUAAUGAACGCAAUAGCGAUAGUGAUUAUUUUGAGGCUUUCGAGGAUCUUGCUUGGAGCUGGAAAAAUAUUCCAAAAACCUUCUUUUUAAAUGCAGCAGUACUUUUGCUAAAAAUGAGACUGUAUUCUUGGGCCGAAUUAGCACUAGCAGAGGAACUUUUAGUGCCAAAGCAUUAUGGGUAUGUUAAUUAUUUGUUGGCAGUUGUAAGUUAUUACAAGAAGAAUUUUGAGCAUGCUCUGGAGCAUGUUAAGGAAGCUAAAGUAUCAGUAGGUUCCGACUAUACAAUUCUAGCCCUCUCAGGCCACAUCCUUCUAGCUCAAUCCAAAGAAAAUGAAGCCAAAGACGAAUAUUUUCGUAUCAUCGAGUCCUAUAAUAAACCCAAAGAUAUUCACUUGGUGUACCUAAAUUCAGCUGAAAUUUUAGCCAAGCAAGGCGAAGGACAAACAGCGAGAAAAUGUAUCUUGAACACCUGCAAAAUUCAUCAAACGCCACAUGUAUGGUUAACUGCAGGUAAACUCUUCUAUCAGCAGAACGAUCUAUUGAGUGCUGAAGAGUGCUUCAAUAAAACUACAAUGAAAGAUAACCGAUAUCCAGAAGCGUGGGGUUAUUUGACUUUGGUCAAUUUGAAGCUGAAUAGGAUACAAGAAGCUGAGCAAUGCUAUGAGAAAGCGCUUAAGAACAAAUUAAUGGCCGAUGGAAGUUUGAAUCAACUGAUUGUGAUAAAGCUUAAUGAAGCAAGAAGUUUGUAGCUGUAUGUUUAUUUUUAUUAAAAAUGGUUGUUUUUUAAUUUGAUUUUUGUUGUGACCAAAUAUCAGGUGGACUGUGCCUAGCACAAAAAAAAAUCAAUUUAAUCAAUAACAGCUGUAUGCAGCAUCCUCUUUCAACUUGAAAGUGCUGUUU